GGGUUAUCAACUAUUCAACUCCUUUUGCUGUCACAGUUUGCCUGAUAAGGUUGCCGGUGCUUCGGCUGCUGUCUUGUGCGGGAAGCUCUUGCCUUACCUUUACACAUUCGCUCAAAAUGUCUUUUUGUGGUUUUUCGGCUGAUUGGUCAAUCGAAAAAUGAUGAACACAUGCAUCCUUUCGUAGGCGAUAACUUUUUGACUUUCUAUGCAUCAUGGAGUGCCUUGAUUCUACUAUUUACCUUCUUGGUUUCUGUUUCGAGUAUAUUAGCGUUGAUUGUGUAAUUUGCUCAAAAACUAUUUUUGUAGAUUUUCAAAUUUUCCGGAUUUACAGAGUUCAUGGACUAAUAGAUCAAGCAUAUGGCCACAGUUCAGAAGUUCCUCUGCUAACAACGAUUUCGUUCAGUUCCUUCGCUUUGAAUUAUCUAUUCUCGCUUUUUAAGCACUUUGUUAUUGAAAUAAAGAAGUGG